CACUUUCGGAUCUUCUCCUCCGGAUAACUACUCCUUUCAAACCGGCUAUGAGGAAGUAGGAGCCCACGCCGACAAGCGGACUCCUCUUGCCCUCUGUCCGCCUCCUCCUCCUCCACCCCCAUUCCAGGAGCGAUGCCCGGGGCAGCAUGUGCUCCAGCCGCAAGAUCCUGUGGAGCCUUCUGCUGCUGUCGGUGGUGGAGGUGGGCCUGGGUGUGGCGAGCAUCGUCCUGGGAGCCGUGGGCAUCAGCUGGGUCCGGGGCGAGCACAAGCCGCAGCAGGGCGACGCUUCCCCGGUCUGGAGUGGACUCUGUUUUCUGGUCUGCGGGAUGUGUGGAGUGCUGUGUGCGAGAAAGAGGACUGGUCUGAUUAUGAUCCUGUUUUCUGCUUGCUGUAUCUGUGGUCUGAUCGGUGGAAUCCUCAACUUCCAGUUUGUUCGUGCCCUGAGCAAACGGCCAGACUCCAUGCACUCUAUCCAUCUGGCCGCCAUGACUCUCGCCUGUCUGGGGAUCUCCUCCUGCACCCUGUCCACAUGGCUGACAUGUCGCCUGGCCAGCUCUGAGCAGCAGAGGAUGUUCCUGGAGAGGGAGCACUCGCUGCACCACUCCCACGAGAUGGCUGAGAAGGAGAUCCUGGACAACUCCAGUAACGGCAUUCCCCAGAUUUCCUAUAAUGGACACACCACAGCAUCGCCCUGACAAAGGAUGAGUGUCCUCACAGCAUCCCCGAGCUGCACACACUGAGGCAGAGACAGUUCAUGGUGGUGGACAAAUGCCUUGUGUCCCUCAUUCUGUGGUGUAUCUUCCUGACUGGAGAGAAUGACUCUCUCACCUGGGGGCUCUUUUGUCUGCCAUCAGAAAAAAAGCAACUUUUUCACAGCAAGAGAGAGGCAAUGUGUGCUUCUGAAUCAUUGGAUGCACCUCAUGCAAGUAUGGACUCAAACCCCCUCUUCACUUCCAACCGACGGUUUCUUCCGGCCUGGCCUUCACACACACCUGCUGGAUCAGGAGCCGCUGUUUGGGUGACAAUUCAGGUGAAAACAUCUCCAUCACAUCAUCUGACCUUUAAACCAAUGAGCAGGAAGGAUAGAUUUGAUCCAAUCAGAUGCCUCAAAGUGAUGAGCACAAACCAAGCAUGCAGCUGAUUCACUUGUUAUGAUAAGCCAGUGCUAUUUCAGUCUCUAUGUACCAGCCCCUCAACCCUCCCUCUCUCUCUCUCUCUCUCUCUCUCCCUCUCUCUCUCUCUCUCACUCUCUCUCUCUCUCUGGUUUUGGGUUUAUGGAAUGCAGGUUUUGGGAUAGCCUACUGUAAACUGUAUGUAUAGUCUGAUAACGGAAUGCUUUGACAUGAAUA